GGAUGAUUGCACCCACUAUGCACCUUUUCGACUCGUGAGGUCGACCUCAACCAUGCACAGAGAGUCGAACACCUAUACCUGGAUUGGAACACCCUUGAUAGCCAUGUCACGGGAGAGCAAUCUCACCGCAAGGGCCGUGAAAUUGGAAUUAGAGCUUGAGUUACGAGGCACUCAAGAAUAA